GAUACUCACCGAAAAUCAAAGUUUCUGCUGCUUUUGCCGUUGGUACACAACAACAUCGGGAGUCAGUCUCCAAUUGGCACGCGACCGAGUAACAACGUGACUACAGUAAUUGAGACAUAAGAAUUACUUCUUUUAGUACACUCCUUCGGCGUCUGGGUGACCCUGAAAGAAAUUCACGAAUUAUUUAGUAGACAAAUAACAACUUUUGGCUCCAUUAAAAAUUUUAUUUCACAUCUCAAUUGACGUGUUUUGUUUAUUUUUUUUCCUUCGAGCUUCUCAUCACUAUCACUUCCAAAGUCAAUGGCAAGAAAAAAAAGUUUGAUAUUAGUGAUUUUUGUGCUACCGUUCUCUGAGAUUUUUCGGUUUUUUUUUUUAAUAUUUCAUCUUCGCACUUCAAUGAUAUAAACAGGAAGUUACACGAGAGAGAAACCAAGAUAUUUUAUUGCAAUCAUUAAAACAUUCAUGAGAGAACAAUCAAGGAGAAAAAUUGAUAUUUCGGCGUAAUUGUGGAUCUAAAGACACUGAAGAAUUAUUGUGAACAUUAAAAGACUUGUAAAUAACGAAAUCCCACCCUCAACAAUUGAUGUAACAGUGUCGUAAAUUUGUGCAGUAUCAUGAGUGAAAUAUCGUUAGAGAUUCUAUAAUUCAAUUGAUUUUCCUCUCUGAUCAUCUAAUAUCAAGCAAAGUGACAGUAAUGGUACUUUACUAUACACAGUGCUCAGCAAUUAAUGUGAUUAUAGCAAUACCCUCCAAGUUAAAACAUUAAUUUUUAUCGUAGUGCUUAAUUGUUCUCCCAGGAGAAUUUCACAGAAAAAGAAGAAAAAACAAUAAUAAAAUAUUCCUAUCAAUCAUCUAAGGUAGUUCUUUUUCCUUUAAUUAAAUUUUCUCUUGCUGAUUGCUCUUAAUUGGAUGAUUACUACUAAACGGUGAAUGAUUGAAUUUCAGCAGCAAAAAUAAGAAAAUAGAGUGCAAAAUUUUAAUUGAUUUUCGGAGUCAAGCAUAAUUGGAAAAGGAUAGAAUUUCCUGCUUAUUGUGCUUCAGCCGAUAAUAGUGGACUUUUGCCCGGUGCUUUUCGAGGGAGCUUUUUCAUAAUCAAUUCUCUGCCCUGAGCCGCCAAUUAGUUCAAGCUUAAUUGCUUCAGACCAGAACAAAUCUUCAGCAACAAAUGCGUACGAGUGAUAUACAGGAGCAGAUAAUGGCAGUGAAGAGGAGAAGAUGCACAGUGGAAAUGGAAUAAUUUAUAAAGUGUCAAAUCGAAUUAUGUUCUAAGAAGAACCAUCGACUGAAUCCAUGGGAUUUUGAUCAGGAUCAUCAUUAGAAUCAAUAAAUUGGAAAAGAGAGAGGACACAAGGAUAAUUUCAUCCUAAUAAAAUGGAAAUGGUGACAACAUCGAGAAUUGAUGAGAAAGAACUUCCCUCAUCAACUAAUGAGGACCUCAAUGAAAUUCCGAACGUGAAGGCCCUGCUUACGCGACUCUAUUAUGAAUGCAUGAAAACUGAGAAGAAUGCUUCGGAAUAUCAAAAUAAAUCAGGGGAUGGACGUCAAUGCCCUAAGACCUUUGAUGGCUACUUAUGCUGGCAUCCAACAGCAGCUGGCUCCACAGUCUCCCAACAUUGUCCGGAUUUUGUGACUGGCUUUGACAGCACCCGCUUGGCCUAUAAAACAUGUUUGGCUGAUGGGACUUGGUACUCGCAUCCCGAAACUGGCAAACUAUGGUCCAAUUACACCACUUGUGUGGACAUUGAGGAUUUCGAGUUUCGACAGUUGGUCAACGAUUUAUAUACUAGAGGUUAUAUUAUAUCACUAGUCACAUUAGUCAUUUCGCUUAUCAUAUUCCUGAGCUUUAGAUCAUUGCGCUGCACGAGGAUAAAAAUUCACGUUCAUUUAUUCAUCUCACUGGCCUUCACUUGUACAGCAUGGAUACUGUGGUAUAAAUUAAUUGUUGAGAAGCCUGACACAAUUCGGGACAACACGAACUGGUGUGUAGCUCUUCAUGUAGUCCUUCACUACCUCAUGCUUGUUAACUAUUUUUGGAUGUUUUGCGAAGGACUUCACUUGCAUCUUGUACUCGUUGUGGUCUUUGUGAAGGAUGCUGUUGCCAUGAGAUGGUUUAUGAUAAUUGGCUGGAUUCUGCCAAUUAUUCUUGUGUCAGUUUAUGCUGUAAUUCGUGGACAGAAUCCCAUUGCAGCCAGACAAUGCUGGAUGGAGGAUUCUGUGUACAUGUGGAUUCUCACAAUUCCCGUUUGCAUUUCCUUAAUUGCUUCCAUGGUUUUCCUGAUUAAUGUUGUUCGUGUUCUCCUCACAAAACUCCAUCCAUGCUCUGCCCAGCCGGCUCCUUUGGGACUUCGGAAGGCUGUUCGUGCUACUUUAAUACUUGUUCCACUUUUUGGUCUUCAGCACAUACUCCUUCCAUUCCGACCGGACACGGGAUCUCCCCUGGAGAAGUACUAUCAAGUAGCAUCAGCAAUUCUUGUGAGUCUUCAGGGAUUUUGUGUUUCAUGUUUAUUCUGCUUCAUGAAUCACGAUGUCAUAUUUGCACUCUGGAAUCUUCUAAGUCGUCUUUUUCCCAGCAUUACACCAAAUAUGAGAUGGGAAAGUGUCAAUGGACCACAAGCUACACAGAGUCGUGAUGUUGUUGUGUAAAAAGAGCUUUUAUGUUGGAGCAAAACAAUACCAUAGGAAUUUUCAGUAUUUUUUUUUAUAAAAAAAAGGAAAUAAAAAACAGAAAAUUAUUUUUUGGCCAAAAAUUAAAUGUUUGGAGAAAAAAAAUGUAAUUAAUGAAACUGUGAGUAAAAUAUAUUGUGAAUGAGAC